GCGGCUUUGGGUGGCACGUGUCUGCAAUGAAACCUCAGCCGCUGGGCGUUGUGCUCGAAUCUCAUCCUGCGGCCUGUCUUCACUAGUUUAUAGUUGUUGAAGAAAAGGUUUCAGUUUGCAUAGUCGAAGAUGCAGAACAUUAGGAGGUCUGUAAUAUCUAGUAGCGGCAGAUGGGGUGGUUUGGUGAGAUCAUUUGUGGAAUCUAAGCCUUGUUUGGAUGGUUUUUCAUCACCUGCUAAAAGGUUUCCCGCGGAUUUGAAUUCUAGUUUUACAAGACGGUAUGUGACAGGUGCCAAUAAUAUGUCAAAGGGUGUACUUGGAGCUAAUGGCAUUGCUCUUCCAUUUAAAGGACAGUGUGGUAGAGAUUCUAUAGUAAGCUUUCAGGCCUCUGUCCCACACAUAGAAAAUUAUGGAUCAAAGCUCAUAUCUCCUUGCUUUGCUAGAUCCUUUGCAUCAAGAGCUUCAAAGCAAUCAAAAGAAACAUCUGAGACUAGAAAAGAACUAUCUAAUGUUGAGGAUCCGUUUGAUGCUCCUACCUACAAUAUCCCCGAAAAACCUGUGACAUUUACAGAGGGGGCUAGCUACUCUAUCAUAAUCCUUGUUGGGCUUGGGAUUGCAGCUGCUGCUGCAUAUGCUGUCUUCAUGGAGCUGAUAUUUCAACCAAAAGAGUAUAAGAUAUUCAAUCAUGCUUUGGAAAGAAUUCAGAAUGAAAGCCAGGUUAGGGUGAGGAUUGGGCAUCCUAUAACAGGCUAUGGUCAAGAAAGUAGAAAUCGUGCUGCUCGCCAACGUAUUCCAAACAGGAUAUACACGGAUGAAAAUGGUGUAGAGCAUGUGGAGAUUAAUUUCUAUAUUCGUGGGCCCCAUGGAGCUGGGAAAGUUUUUACCGAAAUGUUCAAGGACAAAACUGACAACAAAUGGAAGUAUACCUACUUGAUUGUUCAGAUCAAUUCACCUUCCCCGGCAGAAUUAAUGCUGGAGUCUUAUUUACCUGCAGCUGAACUAAAGUCUUCUGCAGCAAAUUGACAAGGGAUGAAUACUUUAACUUUAGUUGUCAGUGUCCCAGUUUUGAUCUGAGUCACCAGUUGAAUUUUUUCACCAAAUGUUUGGGAUUUUGUAAAUUUGACUGGGAAUUGUUUGUCCCUUCUCCCUGAAACUUUCAAUGGGUAAUUGGUUUUUGUUUAUUCAUUAACUUUACCCCUUGGUACUGGUAGAUGCAUGGAUUCAAGUCUUAAUUCUACCACAAUGUGCUGGAAAACAACACUGUUGUUAAUCUGCUGCAUCGAUUAUACAAAUUACAGUCAAUAAUAUUUGCAGCAGUUCUUUUUCCCAGUCCUCCAUGUUCAUUAUGUUGAUCAAAUGGUCAUGCUCAUACCAAAUUCACAAGCUCUGAACAUUACAAUCGAGUGAAAACAAAAAACAUGCUAGUUGUCGUCUCAUACCUUGAAAACGCCAGUGUUUGUGAUCAGAGAUUAGUCCUAUUUCUUCGGUUUAGUCAGACUUGAAUUAAAGAUUUCAACUUUUAUUUUCCUUUGAACAUGUGAAACAGUUU